UAUUAACGUUUAACGUUUACUCAUUUCGACAUCAACCUGUAGGCAAGCAGGCUUACUGCAUGGUGACUCGUCAGUUUUGGUUUUACAUUAGAUCUGAACGGCUGCGGAAAUCGCGGGAUUUUAGAAGUAAACAUAUACUUGUAAUAAAUCACGCGUGUUACGCGUCUUUAGAGAAGCAACGGGAAAAGCAAAUCUUAUUUUAUUAGAAAACAAGGGAUUGACCACCAGAAGGGCAAUUAGAAGACAACAGAUCUGAAGAUUCGUGAAAAAGAACUCUCAAUCAUGUAUAAAGUGAUAAGUUUGCUUGUACUGAUGGUUUAUACCGCUUCAAGAUCAGUGCUAGGAUGUUCCGUACCGGAGGGAGGUUUUAAAUCACCAGAGCCAGAAGACAUAGUGUCUUACUCGGACAUUGUGGCAGUUGGUAAUGUCACUGCGAUUUCACCGCUGGACCCGCUGUAUGGCGAUAAUUUCCCAAAUAUGACUUAUGGAGCCACGGUGGACGUGUUCUGCUCAUACAAGGGAGGUCCGCUACCAAGUGCAAUCAAGAUUGGAGGUGCAGGUUUUGUGCCCGGUCAUUGUACCUCGAAGGAUCUCGUACCUGGGCAACACUACGUAUUGUUCCUACGUUUUGUCGAGUUCCUGUAUAACUCCACCGGGAGUAAUGUAUACGAACAGACCGAAACCGCAGUCCCUAAAUCCAAACUUGGGAACUUCCUCGGGGUCUGCGACCUCAACAUGCAAUAUCCAGUUGCUGGUGGUAAUAUGGCAGUAAGACAGACCGACAUCGACUGUCCUCAAGCAACGAAACUGAGUACCUGCAAACGCCGUGUUUACCCGUCCAACGACAUGGACCAAAUUUCUACCGUCAAUACACAGGACGCGGUGAAAAUGGGUUCAGAAAAAGGUACUACAACACCGAGCGGUGGAGCUGUAGGAAUCACAUCUUCCUUGACCUUUCUGGUUCUGUUUCUUACGAACGUCGUAUAGAACGCCAUCUUUGCUUUCGAAACUUAGUUGUACUUUUCUUGUAUUUUGAGUAUUUUUAUUCAAUAUAUCAGCUUCCCAUAAAACAAUAAACCAUUUAUAUUUUAAAUUAUAUUUUUUUAAUGAAUUUGAUUUCCAAAGUUAACAACCUUAGGAUUUGUUCGCUAAUAUAUUUAUGUGUUAAAGUUGUAAAACAUAAAAAAAUAAUAUUGGACACCAUAUAAUCAAAAAGUAUUUAAUACAUGUAUUUUGUGAAUGAUUGAUGCCGUGUUUGACCGUCAACGUAUGCUUUUACAAUUAUAAACAUUAUUUCAAAGAUAAAUAAAUACAUAAAUAUGUAUAUUGGAUUAUGUUUAUGAAGGCUUAUUUUAUAAGAUAUUUCAGUUAGUAUAAUCUGCUAUUGUAUAUUUGUUUUAUGUUGAACACAUACAAUGAAUGACGUUAACUAGUUAUAAAAUUGUCCGUGUCAUAUUAUUUAUAAUAAAGAAUAAUUCUUCA